AGCGGGGAGCGCAGCCCGUAGACCCGAGCACCGGGGGCCAUCGCUGGGAACCCCUCCCUCUCCCCGCGCCGCCUCCAGCGCGAGUGACAACGCGCCCUCCAGGCUCGGGAGCAGCCGCGUGCCGAACAAUCCCAGGCAGGGCUCGCCUCGCUGGUGACAUCACUGCCGAAGAUACUCCCCACUCUCUCAGUGCCUGCCUUCACGAGGCGUCCGACCGUUUGUCCGUUUCCUUCCAUCCACUGCUGGAGAGGGCUCAGCGCUGCCGGGGACAGAGCCGGGCACCGAGGAGCGACAGGACCCGGAGGAGGAGGGAGAGCAAAGGCAGCGAGGGAAGGAGGACCCCGGCAGGCGACAGCAUGAAAUUCAGCCCAGCGCACUACUUGCUGCCUCUCCUGCCAGCGCUGGUCCUCAGCACCAGACAGGACUAUGAAGAUCUAGAAAAGCAGCUGAAAGAAGUCUUUAAGGAGCGAAGCAACAUCCUCCAUCAGCUGACAAAGACAUCAAGAGAACUUGAUGGAAUUAAAGUCAACCUUCAGUCUUUGAAAAACGAUGAGAAAACUUCCAAAACUGAUGUUCAGACGCUUCUGGAAAUAGGUCAGAGACAAAGAGAACAAAUGAAGUCUCUCCAGGAGGUCCUGCAAAAUCAACUUAAAGAGACAUCUGAGAAAGCAGAAAAACAACAAGCUACUAUUAAUUUUUUAAAGACUGAAAUGGAAAGAAAGAGCAAAAUGAUCCGAGAUCUCCAGAAUGAGAAUAAAAGCUUGAAGAACAAACUCUUGUCAGGAAACAAGCUGUGUGGCAUCCAUGCAGAAGAGUCAAAAAAAAUCCAAGCCCAGCUGAAGGAGCUUCGUUAUGGGAAGAAGGAUUUAUUAUUUAAGGCCCAACAACUUACUGAUCUGGAACGAAAAUUAGCUGUGGCCAAAAUUGAGCUAGAGAAAGCAGCUCUUGACCGGGACUCACAGCUGAAAGCAAUGAAAGAGACCGUCCAUCUCUGCCUGUCAACUGUGUUCCGUAAUCAACCGCCUCCCCCUUUGAGUCUAGCCAGGACAAAUCCAACUCAGAUGUCAGUUCCCCCUGGGACAAUUGACAGUAUGAUUCCUGAUGCAAGGACAAAAAUCAAGCCUCAACAAACCUUUACUGGAAGCAAUGAGAGCUCUCAAAUUGAGACAACAAAGGAAGAAAAUCUGAACACUACUGAGUGCAAUCCUCUAAGUCUUUUACAAGAGGGCAGGACCUGUUCAAUGAAGCACAAAGACAAUCCCCCAACCAAUGCUACAGUAGAGCCAGUGACUACCCCACAGAAAUUGCAAAUCCUUCCUUGUACUGAAUGUGAGGUGAAGAAAAACCCAGAAAAACAAUUGACCAACUUUGAAGGGAGGGCAACUAGAGAAGAAAAAAUACUGCUAUUUGUCCUUGCUUUUUUCUCUGAAAGAUAUAUCUGUGGGUCCGUGGCUGUGACUUCUAGCAAAGUAGAUGUGGCAUUUCUGGAUGAAUUUUGGAAUGCUGCUCGAUGUGAUAGACACAAUUCACCUGGCAUAGGUGCGUCUUUAAUUGGAAUCUACCUUUGACAUUCGCCUGGAUGGAGGCAGGGCCACUUAAUUUCUUUUAGUAUUAGUUUCUAACCUCUUGGGCCUUAAAUUGUUGGACUUAAAUCAGAGAUUUUCUUCUGCAUUCUGCUGCAUUCAUUCUCCAGGUCCUAAAGCAGACACAGCUCCAGGACUGUGAGGAUGGGGGCUCUGGCCUCCAUAAACCCUCACUUUCAACUAGAGUACCUAUUCUUUUAUAUAAUGUAUUUGUUGGGCUUCCACAUUCUCAAUAUACUUUCAAUGAAGAAAGGGAGCCCAAGGCUAAUGUGAUUUGAAAAACCCUGAAUAAAAUAAUCUCUGUGAUCCCUUCUCCCCAUUUGUUCCUUCAGUCAGCCAGCCAUUCAGUUACUCAAAAAAUAUUUGUUGAGAUUCUAAAAUGUUCCUAUUCCUUUUUUUUUUGGUUAAAAAAAAGCAAUGGCAAGAGAAAGUAAUAAUUAUGAAUUCUAAUAUUGCACAUAAUAUGUGCCAGCCACUGUUUUUUAGAUCUUUUGAAAAAAAAUGAUUAAAUAUUCUAGGCUUCUUUGAGACCAAUAUUACAGUUAUCUUUAUUUCACAGAGGAAAUUGAAGUAGAAAAAUGUUAAUUGCAUUGCCCAAGAUGUCAGGGGAAGAAGGAGAGGUUGCAUAUAGACCUGGCAGUGAGUUGCUGGAAUCCCAUGUGCUUCACCGCAUUACCACAUUGCGUCUCCUCAAAGGCCAGAGUCCUGCCUUCUUGGAACUUACGGUUUGGAAGAAGAGACAUCAUUAAUGAAGGAAACACACAGAUAAAUGCAUGACUGUCUAGGACAGGAACAUUGUUCCUUUUUCCCCUUCAAGUUUUUUCAUCUGGUUUAAGAAUUAAAUUGACACGAGACAGAUGAACAGGAAUAAAAAAAAAUAAAUAAAAACACCAAAAUUUUA